UUAAAGAAAGAGCAAAGGUGGGACCCAUUUCCACAUGCCCCCAGAACUCCCCCUCCAAGAGCCUCCAAGUCCACAGUUCCGCUUGCAGUGGCACUGUCCACUAGCACGGUUUCCAAAGAUCACCCAAAUUGGGAUCCACUGCUUCCAAGAUCUAGGGUUUCGAUUUUUCGAUUCUCUUUUCCGACGCGAAUCCCUCUAGAAAUUCUGCUCGGAAUGUGUUAGAGAGAGAGAAGAAUGUUUUCUUUCUGGAAAAUUUUCGUUGUCUUCUUGAUUUCGAUUUUUGGCUUUCGGAGUUGCCAUGGCCUCAUCUUCAGCUUCAAGAUGCAUCACCGCUUCUCCGAACCCGUCAAGAGGUGGUCAGAGGCCGCCGGAAAACUUUCUCCGGCCGACAACAUGCCGAAGAAGGGAACUUUCGAGUUCUACGCCGAAUUGGCCAACCGCGAUCGCCUCCUCCGUGGCCGUAAGUUGUCCGAAACUGAUGUGCCACUCGUUUUCUCUGACGGGAAUGCUACCUUUAAGAUGAGCUCACUGGGAUUUCUGCAUUACACAACGGUAAAAUUGGGUACGCCGGGAGUGAAGUUUAUGGUGGCGCUGGAUACCGGAAGUGACCUGUUUUGGGUGCCCUGUGACUGCAGUCAAUGUGCGCCUACUGAGGGAACAACUUAUGCCUCUGAUUUUCAUCUUAAUGUAUAUGACCCUAAAGGGUCAUCGACCAGCAAAAAGGUCUCUUGCAACAAUAGUUUGUGUUCACACCAUAAUAGAUGCCUUGGAACGUUUAGCAAUUGCCCUUACAUGGUCUCUUAUGUCUCAUCUGAAACUUCUACUUCUGGGAUAUUGAUAGAGGAUGUUCUGCACUUGGAAACAGACGACAAUCAUAAGGAUCCUAUGGAGGCAAAUGUCACAUUUGGUUGUGGACAGGUCCAAAGCGGUUCAUUCCUGGAUGUUGCUGCUCCCAAUGGUUUAUUUGGGCUUGGAAUGGAGAAGAUAUCAGUACCUAGCAUUUUAUCCAGGGAAGGGUUCAUUGCAGAUUCUUUUUCCAUGUGUUUUGGAGAUGAUGGAAUUGGACGAAUCAGUUUUGGUGACAAGGGCUGUGCUGAUCAGGAAGAGACCCCAUUUAAUUUAAACCCAUUACAUCCAACCUAUAACAUCACUGUUACUCAAAUUCGAGUUGGGACAAGGCUCUUGGAUGUGGAAGUAACAGCUCUUUUUGACUCUGGGACCUCUUUCACAUACUUGGUUGACCCUACUUAUACAGAACUUACAAAAAGUUUCCAUUCACAGACUCAAGAUAGACGUCAUCCUCGUGAUUCAAGGAUCCCAUUUGAAUAUUGUUAUGAUAUGAGUCCAGAUGCAAAUACUAGUUUGCUACCUAGCUUGAGUUUAGCCAUGAAAGGUGGAAGCCAAUAUCCAGUAUAUGAUCCCAUCAUUAUCAUCUCCUCUCAGAGCGAACUUAUAUAUUGCCUAGCUGUUGUCAAGAGUGCUGGACUGAAUAUAAUUGGACAGAACUUUAUGACUGGCUACCGCAUUGUAUUUGAUAGAGAGAAAUUAGUCUUGGGCUGGAAGAAGUUUGAUUGUUAUGACAUUGAUGAUACUAGAAAUUCCUUGCGAAAACCCAACUCCACCACUGUGCCACCUGCUAUUGCAGCUGGACUGGAUAACUAUUCUACCCCGAAAUCAACAAAGCCGACAGUCAAAAAGCAGGCUUCAAAUGCAUCACCAUCAUAUCAUUGCUACACCUCUCUUCUGAGUUGCUUCAGAUUUCUCAGUAUACUUAUUCUGUUAUUAUAGCUUUUUCACGGCCAACAUCUUCAGGCCCGUUGCAAUUAGAUCAGGUAAUUAAAUAUUAGGUCACAUCCUUUUACCAUGUAGUGGUGGUAAAUCAACCUUGCUCAGUUCCCACGUUACACCAAACUGAGAGGAAAUCUUGGAUGAACUAUGUUCUUCGGAGCAUCAGUUUGCCAGGUAAUACUGACCCCUUAUGUUCAGUUAUUUACAUGCACCUCACACUAAGCCUCUGUACCAAUGCUGCUUAGAUUAGAUUUAGCUUCUGUUCGUGUAACAUAGAUAUUGUUUACGUUUUACUCAAUGACCAAAGAACUAACUGUUCCAUCCAAAAAAAAAAAAAAGUUGCUGUUCCUCUUGUAUUAUUCUCUUUGUUCUAGGGUGAUGAGAAUUCAUACCUUUCUGUUUCGUUCAUCUCCCCUUCCCUUACUAGAGAAAAGAUAAAUAAAUUAAGAAAUAAGUGCAAUUAGCACAUUAUCAUGGA